CAGUUUGACUUUUAUGGUUUUACCUACUUUGUCGUGAGUUUUAUCUUUGUGUUUUUUUAAGAUACUACGCCUACGCCUACAUUUAAACCUUGCCUUUUAACAAAAUGCGAGCAUUAUUCCAAAGAUAAUUGAAUGAGUGAGUCAGGCAGUGACUUAGACGCAACCGAGCACACUGCACUCAUGGACGGCCACAUCGCAGAAGCUCGUCCUGACAGGGAGUUAGCUGAAAGGAUAGCUAGGAAACGAAAGACUAAAUCCGAUAAUCAGCGCUCCUAUGGCAGUGUAGAACAGAUUGAAGGUGGCCCAUCGGGGGCUUCUAUUGCCCAGCAACCUCGAGUUCCAGCAGCACCAGUGGAACCACAGAUUGAGGAGCUGGAGUUGAAGUAUGGGGCUCGCCAUGUCAUCAAACUGUUUGUGCCUGUCACAUUGUGCAUGCUCGUAGUUGUUGCAACAAUAUCAUCUAUAAAUUUUUACUCCGUUAAAGAUGUAUAUUUGGCAUAUACACCGUUUCAUGAAGAGAGUCCAUACGCAUCAACAAAAGUGUGGAAUGCAUUGGCCAAUUCAAUGAUCUUGUUGUGUGUGAUUGCAUUAAUGACGGUGUUACUUAUUGUGCUUUACAAGAAAAAAUGCUACAAGACUAUUCAUGGAUGGUUGAUUCUAUCAUCAUUAAUCUUGCUGUUUCUAUUCUCUUACUUGUAUAUUGAGGAAGCACUCAUUGCCUAUAAUAUACCAAUGGAUUAUAUAACUUUAGGCUUUGUGUUGUGGAAUUUUGGAGUCAUGGGCAUGAUUGUCAUACAUUGGAAGGGUCCGUUGAGGCUACAACAAGCUUACUUGAUCUUCAUUGCAGCCCUUAUGGCACUUGUGUUCAUCAAGUAUUUGCCGGAAUGGACAACAUGGGCCGUUCUUGCCGUGAUAUCUAUUUGGGAUUUGGUGGCUGUAUUAACACCGAAGGGACCUUUAAGAAUAUUGGUUGAAACAGCACAGGAACGCAAUGAGCCUAUAUUUCCAGCUCUCAUUUAUUCAUCGACAGUGAUGUACUGCAUGGCGGCAGCGAGCCCCGCGCCCGGCGCCGCAGGUGAGCGCGAGCUGCGCCCGCUGCAACCGCACGGAACUGUCGAGGGCGAAGGUCGCGACGGCACGGAGGCGGGAGGCGGAGAGGCUGGGUUCGACGCGGCGUGGAGAGAGCGGCGCGACGAGGGUGCGGCGCCGCGCCGGCUGCGGGUCGACUCGGCGCCGCCGCGCUACGUCACGCGCCUCGACCCGCCGCACGCGCCGCCACACGCGCCCGACCUCGACGAGGAGAAAGGCGUAAAACUUGGUCUAGGUGAUUUCAUAUUCUAUAGUGUCCUCGUAGGAAAAGCAAGUUCAUACGGCGAUUGGAAUACAACAUUAGCCUGUUUUGUAGCUAUACUUAUAGGUUUAUGUCUAACACUCCUGCUGCUCGCCAUAUUAAAGAAGGCUCUUCCGGCGCUCCCUAUAUCGAUAACAUUCGGACUUAUAUUCUAUUUCGCAACGCGAUCGGUCGUGAAGCCAUUUGCGGACGCUUUGGCGGCGGAACAGGUGUUCAUUUAGCAAAUACUCGUGUGUGCGUAAGGUAGAUAGAAGUCGACAAACAUUCUGUAAAAGCAGAUCACAUUUUUAUGUUAAAAUUAAAUUGCAGUAUUUUAUUUUAAUUAUUUUCGUAUUAAUUAAAAAUGUGUUUCGAUAUGUGUAUAAAGGAAUUUAUUUGUUGCAAAAAAAAAAACUCCAAUAUUUCAUUGAAACGAUGGGAAAAAUAACUUAUUUUGAAAUAAUAUGCGUAAAUUCGUUAAUCCGGAACUAACGAAUUUGGAAAUAGAGUGCCCCCGUAAACUAACUUUGCGUAACCAUACCGAAUUGCAUUUUUUAUUGCUACCAGAGUCAAUUGAUUAGAGGGCCCGUCUAGUGGUAAUUACCGUAGCCCGUGGACAUCUGUGAAGAUGAGCGCGGCCAGCUCACUGUUCGUCUUUUUUUGUAAUAUCGCUCAAUUCUUACCUUCAAAUACCAAAAUUGUUUACGAUAUAGACUUGUCUUAAUAUCGGUCGUCAUAAUUAAGACAAUGUAAAAUAUUACUUUGAUUCCCUAUUCAUUGGCUUUAUUGACUCCGCCCAUUCGACGACAUAGGAGUGAAGAGUACUUAUUUUGGCGGACUAAUGCCUCGCUUUUUGCUCAAAAUUCCCAUGCCUGAUCGUAGCAAGUGUAGUUUAGCUACGGCGUUUCCAUCGAAGCAACGUUCCUCAUUAGUGAGGAAACGACUUGAGUAGCGCCUUUAGUGCCACGCUUAUAAUGAAAUACCCACGUCUAAAAGAACACUGAAAAUACUGCAGACAAAAUAAAAACACUAUGUAUUACAAAGAUAACUCAAAUUCGAAUCGUAACUAAAAUAAAAUAUUCAGUUUCAUUUAGGUAUUUCAUACAAUUCACAACAAUACAAACAAAAAA